AUGAUAAUCGAAAUUUUGAAAUUUAUUCUAAAAGUAAUAAUAACUUUUUGUCUAACGAAUAUUCAAGAUAUUGUUAUAUUAAUUAAUUUCUUUCUUGAAGCAUCGGAAAAAGAAAGUUUAUUAAAAAAUGAUCAUGUUAUACUUGGUCAAUAUUUAGGUUUUAGUAUUUUAUUAAUGUUAAGUUUAAUUGGUUAUACUAUUUCUGCGAUAUUACCAAUAAAAAUAUUUGGUUUACUUGGAUUUUUAAUUAUUUAUUUUGGUUUAAAUGGUUUAUAUCAUUUAAUUAAAGAUCUUUGGAAAAAGAGAAAAAAUAAUAAUACGAAAAAUUUUCAAGAAAUAUUACAAAAUGAACAAAUUGAAUUCAUUGAAAUUCAUCAAAUGGAUGAUAAUAUUGAUUUAAAAGAAAAUCAAAGUUUUUGUGAUGAUUUGAAACAAAUCGUUAAAGUAAGUGUUGUAACAAUUGCAAAUGGAAAUGAUAAUAUUGCUAUUUAUGUACCGAUAUUUGUUCAAUCUACAUCAUGGCAAAUAAUUGCUUAUGGAUUAGGAUUUUUAUUUAUGGUUGGUGUUUUAUGUUUUGUUUGUUAUUGUUUUAUACAUUUUCCUCCAAUAUAUAAAUUUGCACAAAAAUAUGCUCAUUUUAUUAGUCCAUUUAUAUUUAUUGCACUUGGAAUUUAUAUUUUAAUCGAUUCAGAAUGUUUUCCAUGGUUAAUUAAAAUAAUUCGAACAGGAAAAUGGACAAAUAUUUAA